AUGUGGGAUGAGAUCAAAAGAGAAAAAGAUGCUGUCAAGAGGGAGACAAGGAAGAGGAAGAAAGAGCUCGACCAGCAGCUGGAGAGGAUCAUCAGUGAGAGAGAUGAACUAGAGAUUAUGAAGCUGAAGCUGCAAAGACAAAAGGAUGAGAGUAAACGUGGAACAGAGCAGUUAGCUUCAAAUCACAUUCAGAAACACUGGGAUCUGAUUCAAAUAUGUAUGAAGAAAUGUAAACACAUUGAAAAACACAGUGAAGAUUUGAAUGGAACAAUUAAAGAUGAAAAACGACACAUCGCAGCCCAGAUAAAAAUCAUAACCCAGGCAAAGGAAGAAGUAGAAAUUAUCAAGAUGGAUAUUAAAAGACAAAAGGAAAUGGUCAUUUGCGUAUUGAAGAAGAUGCAGCAGAAGCAAACACAUUUGGAGCAAGUACAGAUGACUGUCAAAAAAGAGCAAAACUCAACAGAAAAAGAAAAAUAUUCAGAGAUAGUCCUGAGAGACAAGGAGCUGGAUAAUGAAGAGCAGAGCAAAGCUCAGACAUUAAUCCUCAAAGUAGAACAACAGAAACACAAGAAAGAACAAAGAGAAAGGAAGAGACUGAAUAACAAUACUGCCAGUGAGAAGGAAUUAAAAAUCCCCAAAACCAAAAGGAAGCUGAUGCAAACUCAGUUAGAAAGUAAAGAAGUGGAACAUUUAAAUAAGAAUCUCGACAAGAUGAAGGAACAGGAAGUACAGGAUGACACCAUCAAAAGACUAAAACUAAAACUGGAAAGCAGUGAGAAGAGCGUACUGGCAGAAAGGAAAGAAGUGGAACUUCUAAGGAAAAAUCUCAACAAGAUGAAGGAAGAAGUUGAAGCCACCAUGAACAGCAUGAGUGGAGAGAGGGAAGUUCUCAGUCAAAUGAGGAUUGACAUUGACAAAGACAGACAAAUGACUUUGAAUGAAAUGGACAAACUGGAAAGGGAAAGGUCUGAGAUGAUAAUGAGAGAACAUCAUGUCAUGAAUAAAAUGAAAGUCAUAGAAAGUGCACAAGUAAAACUUCAGCAUCUGAAUGAAAGAAUGAGUGAUGACAUCAAACACAAAAUGCAAAGUUUACAACAAACCAGUGAAGAUAUGCUAAUAGCGUACACUUCAAUUGAAGAAAAGUUGUCAGAAUUUGAUGGAAAGGAAGAAAACAUGGCUUGUUACACUGAACUGUUACACAGAGAAAAGGAAGGUCUGAUAAAUAUAUUGUCAGGCUUAGUCAUACAGAAAGAGGACAUUGAAGAUCUUUCGAAGCAAAAGUUUACGACUGAAAAACAAAACCUUGACAAAUUGAAGGCAGGGCUGAAGGAAGAAAGAGAAGAUCUGGACAAAGUCAGUGAUACAAUAAACAAAGAAAAAGCAAACUUGGAGCAGAUGAGGUCUGAUAUACUGAAACAAACGGAGCAAUUAGAGCAAGAUAAACAAGAUAUAAAGGACGAAAAAGAAAAGUUGGAAGUCACAAAGACUAGGCUACAAAAGAAGAACGAACAGGCGGAGAGACUGUUAGAUGAGAUUAACAGAGAGAAAAUCAACAUUAAAGAUCUGACCCUUCAGGUUCAGAGACAACGAAACAAACUUGAAAAUACCCUUACCAAGAUUACUAUUAAACAAGAAGAACAGGAAGUACAGGAUGACACCAUCAAAAGACUAAAACUACAACUGGAAAGCAGUGAGAAGAGCGUACUGGCAGAAAGAAAAGAAGUGGAACGUUUAAGGAAAAAUCUCAACAAGAUAAAGGAAGAAGUUGGAGAAAACAUGAACACCAUGAGUGGAGAGAGGGAAGUUCUCAGUCAAAUGAGGAUUGACAUUGACAAAGACAGACAAAUGAUUUUGAAUGAAAUGGACAAACUGGAAAGGGAAAGGUCUGAGAUGAUAAUGAGAGAACAUCAUGUCAUGAAUAAAAUGAAAGUCAUAGAAAGUGUACGAGUAAAACUUCAGCAUCUGAAUGAAAGAAUGAGUGAUGACAUCAAACACAAAAUGCAAAGUUUACAACAAUCCAGUGAAGAUAUGUUAAUAGUGUACACUUCAAUUGAAGAAAAGUUGUCAGAACUUGAUGGACAGGAAGAAAAUAUGGCUUGUUACACUGAGCUGUUACACAGUGAAAAGGAAGGUCUGAUGAGUAUAUUGUCAGGCUUAGUCAUACAGAAAGAGGAAACUGAAAAUUUAAGGAAGCAAAAGUUUACGAAUGAAAAACAAAACCUUGACAAAUUGAACGCAGGGCUGAAGGAAGAAAGAGAAGACCUGGACAAA